AAUGGGAGAGGGCACAGGGCCAGGGGCCCUGGCCAGACAUAGAGACCCAGGUCUGCAGCUGGCCAGUUGUGGCUGUGGUGCCUGGCACCGUCUCAACAUGGCCCUGGAGCUCUACAUGGACCUGCUGUCAGCACCCUGCCGGGCUGUCUACAUCUUCUCGAAGAAGCAUGACAUCCCGUUCAACUUUCAGUUUGUGGAUCUGCUGAAAGGUCACCCCUACAACAAGGAAUACAUUAAGAUCAACCCCCUCAGGAAGCUGCCCAGCCUCAAAGACGGGAAAUUUGUCUUAACUGAAAGCGUGGCCAUCCUCUACUACCUGUGUCGCAAGUACAGCACACCGUCACACUGGUACCCGCCAGACCUGCACAUACGUGCCCGUGUGGACGAGUUCAUGGCUUGGCAACAUGUGGCCUUUCAGCUGCCCAUGAAAAAGAUGGUUUGGCUAAAGUUGCUGAUCCCAAAGAUAACAGGGGAGGAAGUUUCAGCUGAGAAGAUGGAUCACACAGUGGCGGAGGUGAAGAACAGCCUGAAGCUCUUCGAGGAGUAUUUUCUUCAGGACAAGAUGUUCAUCACUGGGGACCAAAUUUCACUGGCUGACUUGGUAGCCGUGGUGGAGAUGAUGCAGCCCAUGGCAGCCAACUAUAAUGCCUUCCUGAACAGCUCUAAGGUAGCUGAGUGGCGCAUGCGGGUGGAGCUGAGUAUCGGCUCUGGCCUCUUUAGGGAGGCCCACAAUCGACUAAUGCAGUUGGCUGACUGGGACUUUUCAACAUUGGAUCCAGUGGUCAAGGAGAAAAUCUAAAAACUACAGAAGAUCAUCAAGGAAAUAGAGGACUUGAAAAACACUGCAAACCAAUUGCCCACAGUAGACACGAACAGAACUUUCCACCGGACAAGAGCAGAACAAGCAUUCUUCUAAAGAGCAUGUGGAAUAUUCUCCAGCAUAGAGCGUAUAUUUGGUCAUAGGUCUCAAAUUUAAGAAGAUUGAAGUCAUACAAAGUAUGUUCUCUGGACACACUGGAAUAAAGUUAAAAAUCAAGAACAGAAGGAAAACUAGAAAAUUCACAAGCAUACAGAAAUUAAAGAGCCCACUCUUAAACAACAAAUGGGUCAAAGAAGAAAUCACGAGGGACAUUAGAAAGUAUCUUAAACAAAUAAAAAUGAAAACACAACAUGCCAAAAUUUACAGGAUGCAGCAGCAGCAGUGCUGCGAGCAACAUUUAUAUCUGUAAGCAUAUAAAUUAAAAAAGAGCAGCCUCGAAUCAAUAACCUAACCUUAUACCUUAAGGAACUAGAAAAAUAAGAGCAAACUAAACCCAACACCAAUAGAAGAAAGGAAAUAAUAAAGAUUAGAUGGAGAUAAAUGAAAUAGAAAAUAGAAAAACAAUAGAGAAAAUCAAUGAAACCAAAAAUUGGAUUUUUGAAAAGAACAACAAAAAUUGGCGAACCUUUAGAAUAGCCAAGUGAAAAAAUAAGAAUAAGAAUAGUUAGAAUAGCCAAGUGAAAAAAUAAGACUCUAAUUAUUCACCAAGAGAGAAAGUGAAGGCUGAGUGCAAUGGUUCACAUGUGUAAUCCCAGCACUUUGGGAAGCUGAGGCAGGAGGAUCACCUGAGGCCAGGAGAUUGAGACCAGCCUAGGCUAUAUAGUGAGACUUGUUUCCAAUAUAUAUAUAUAUAUAUAUAUAUAUAUAUAUAUAUAUAUACACACACACACACAUAUUUAAAAUUAGUUGGGAGGGCAGAUACAGUGGCUCAUGCCUGUAAUCCCAGCACUUUGGGAGGCUGAGGUGGGCAGAAUACCUGAGGUCAGGAAUUCAAGACCAGCCUGGCCAACAUGGUGAAACCCCAUCUCUACUAAAAAUAGAAAAUAGCCAGGUGUGGUGGCAGGUGUCUGUAAUCCCAGCUACUUGGGAGGCUGAGGUAGGAGAAUCACUUGAACCCGGCAGGCAGAGGUUGCAGUGAGCUGAGAUUGUACCACUGCACUCUAGCUUGAGUGACAAGAGGGAAAGUCCAUCUCAGAAAGAAAAAGAAAGAAAGAAAGAAGGAAGGAAGGAAGGAAAGAAAGAAAGAAGGAAAGAGAAAAAUUAGCUGAAUUAGCUGGGUGUGGUGGUACAUGACUGUAGUCCCAGCUACUUGGGUGGCUAAGGUGGGAGGAUCACUUGAGCCUUGGAGUUCCAGGUCACACUAAGCUAUGAUUGCACCACUGUGCUCCAACCUGGGCAACAUAAGAAAACCUUAUCUCAAAAAACAAAAACACAAAAUAGAAACCAGAAAGAAAUGAAGUAAUCACUCCUGGUCUUAGAGAAGUGCUAAGGUUUAUUAAAAAAAUAAUGAAUAAUUGUAUGUGAACAAAUGAGAUAACCUUGAAGAAAUGGGAAAAUUUUAGAAAUGCACCAUCUACCAAAACUGACUUAAGGAGAAAGAUAAAAUUUGAAUAGACCCGUAACAAGGGAAGAGAUCAAAAUAUUAAUUUUUUAAAAUAUCCUACAAAGAAAAGCCCAGGACCAGAUGGCUUCACUAGUAAAUUUAACCAAAUGCUUGAGGAAUUAACACCAAGCCUUCACAAACUCUUCCAAAAAACAGAACAGAAGGAAACAUUUUUCAACUCAUUCAAUGAGGCUAGCAUUACCCUGAUACCAAAGACAGAAAAAGACAUUACAAGAAAAUAAAGUUAUAAAGCAAUAUCCUUAAAAAUAUAGAUGUAAAAAUCCUCAGCAAAAUAUUAGCAAAUCAAAUUCAGCAGCAUAUUAAAAGGAUUAUACACCUUGACCAGGUAGGAUUUAUCCCAGGAAUACAAAUGUGGUUUAACAUACAAAAAUCAAUCAAUGUAGCACACCAUAUUAACAGAAAGUCACAUGAUCAUCCUAAUGCAGAGACGGCAUUUGAAAAUCUCUAACAUCUUUUUAUGAUAAAAUCACUCAACAAAUAAAGACUAGGAAGGAAUUUCCUCAACCUGAAAAAGAGCAUCUAUGAAAAAACUAUAACUACUCCAUACUUAAUGGUGAAAAAUUGAGUGUUUCCCCACUAAGAUCAGGAACAGGACAAGAAUGUUCAUUCACUUACUUCUACUUAUUUAUUUAUUUUUUUUGAGACGGAGUUCACUCUUGUUACCCUGGCUGGAGUGCAAUGGCGUGAUCUCGGCUCACCGCAACCUCCGCCUCCUGGGUUCAGGCAAUUUUCCUGCCUCAGCCUCCUGAGCAGCUGGGAUUAUAGGCACACGCCACCAUGCCCAGCUAAUUUUUUGUAUUUUUAGUAGAGACGGGGUUUCACCAUGUUGACCAGGAUGGUCUCGAUCUCUUGACCUUGUGAUCCACCCGCCUCGGCAUCCCAAAGUGCUGGGAUUGCAGGCAUGAGCCACCGCGCCCGGCCUACUUCUACUUAUUAGGGCAAUUAAGCAACAACAACAAAAAAAGGAACUAAGAGCAUCCAGAUCACAAAGAAAGAUGUAAAACUAUCUUUAAUCAUAGAUGAUGACGUUGUAGGAACUCCCAAGGAACUCACUUAAAAAGCAUUAGAGCUAAUAAGUAAGUUCAGCAACGUUGCAGGAUACAAGAUUAAUACACAAAAUUCAAUAGUAUACAUUUGCAAUAAAGGAUCAAAAACAAAAUUAAAACAAUGCUUCCAUUUAUAAUAGCAUCAAAAAGGAUAAAAUACUUAGAAUAAAUUUAACCAAAAGAAAAGCAACACUUGGACACAGAAAACUACAAUGUACUGUUAAAGGAAUCCAAAGAAGCACCACCAAGCAAUCUGACCUGAGAAAGCCUGCAGAUUCAACAGAAUGAGUCCUGCUCUUCAGCAAGCGUGAGUCCACCCAUGUUCCUUGUCAAUGACGAUAACUUUAAAUGUCAAGAAUGUCAGAGAGGCCAGGCACAGUGGAUCACACCUAUAAUCCCAGCACUUUGGGAGGCCAAGGUGGGAGGAUCACUUGAGCUAAGGAAUUCAAGACUACCCUGGGAAACAAAGUGCAACCCCGUCUCUACAAAGUCCAAAAAUUAGCCGAGCAUGGAGGCAUGCGCCUGUGGUCUGAGCUACACAGGAGGCUGAGGCAGAAGGAUUGUGUAAGCCCAGGAAGUCGAGGCUGCAGUGAGCUGAGUUUGCACCACUCCAGCCUGGGUGACAGCAUGACCCUGUCUCAAAAAACAAAAAAUGUGAGAUACCAUGGGGAAGGUGUGGCCCUGGGGUAGGGGCUGGGAGACUGGAAAGCAGCUGUUAGCGGUCCCAUUGCUGCCCAGAGCAGACAGUGCCCUGUCCACCCUCAUGAGCUCCUUGGACUCCUUGGACAGGACUGACUACACAUGAGAAUGUGGGGACCCUUAUUUUGAAAUUGUUAAGAAUCUCAAGAUGGCAACACCAAAGCUUUAAACCAAGUGCACGGCCCUUCCGAGUUGUAGACCCACGAGGCCGACAGACUGCCAUUCACAUCCUGGUAUAGCCACUCCUCUUGAGUGUGGCUGGGGCCUGUGCUCUAUUGCUUGGAAGCAAGGCUUAUCCCGAAGCCUUAUUUUCAGGGAGGUGGAUUUGAGAGCUAUUAUCCCACCUCCUUGCUUGGUGCCCUGCGAAUAAAUCUUUUCUCUUUUGCAAAACUCGGGUCACGGUGAUUAACUUACUGUGCAUGGGCAGGACGGACCUCGUCCUGGCCAGUAACACCCGCAAGGCAUUCUGGGAGUCUGCGCUGCCAAGACAGCACUGAGCAAUGGUUGGGAGUGGUCUGCCUAAAUGACUUUUCACUUUUUUCUAGGCUGGGCACAGUUUCUCAUGCCUGUAAUCCCAACACUAUGAGAGGCUGAGGUGGGCAGAUCAUUUGAAGCCAAGAGUUUAAGACUAGCCUGGCCAACAUGAUGAAAACCCAUCUCUACUAAAAAUACAAAAAUUAGCUGAGCAUGCCUGAAAUCCCAGCUACCCGGGUGACUGAGGGUUCAAGCACUAGAAUUGCUUGAACUUGGGAGGCAGAAGUUGCAGUGAGCCGAGAUUGUGCCACUGCACUCCAGCCUGGGUGACAGAGAGAAACUCAGUCUCAAAAAAUAUAUGUAUAUUUUUUUCUAUAAAUUAAUAAAAGGAAUACAGCCUCUUGUGAGCUGGUUUAUGUGAGUUUGAUUCAAAGAAAAUGAUCAAUCCUUAAAUAUAGACCAAAUGAGGUUUUUUGUUUUUUUUUUUUUUUUAUAUGGAAUUUCCCUCUUGCCACCCAGGAGGGUGUGCAAAGGCGCAAUCUGGGCUCACUGCCACCUCUGCCCACCAUGUUCAAGUGAUUCUCCUGCCUAAACCUCCUGCAUAGCUGGGAUUGCAGGUGCGGGCCACCACAUCCAGCUAAUUUUUGUAUUGUUAGUAGAGACGGGUUUUCACCAUGUUGGCCAGGGUGGUCUCGAACUCCUGACCUCAGGAGAUCCACCCACCUUGGCCUCCCAAAGUGCUGUGAUUACAGGCAUGAGCCACCACUCCUGGCCCCAAAUUAGGUUUUGAACUUGCAAGACAGGCUGAGGCCUGCCCCAGAAUCCUGACAGCUCCUCCUUGGGUCUCUGAUGUGAGUUAUCCACAGGUGAGGAAAAGGCAGCCAUUGGCUUCUCUGAGUGUUUAACUCCUUUAAAAACUUUAACACGGAAAUCUGAAUUUCUUAUCUUU